AUGGCGGUGGGUGGACUGCAAAUUCCCCCAGACCUUUCAUCCAGUUCAGAGGGAGAUGAAUCUGGAAUGGAUUUUUCUGACAUUCCAAAAAAUGAUGUUGACAGUUUCUUUGACGUGAUCAAGCAACGGAAAAGACCACGCAAAACUAUUUCACCUAUUCUAUCCACCGAUGUCGCAACAGUUCGGGUAAAGAAAUAUAAUGAAAACCAGCCUGGACUUCGUUGGGUUGUAUAUUUCCGGCCAAAAAACAAACCACUUAAGGUCAUGCAGAUUUGCAAAACUCUGCGUUUAAGAUAUACCAGCUUGAUUGAGGUGUGCAAGGUCAAUGCUAAUAAACUGAAAGCGACCUUUUCUGAUCUCACACACGCAAACGCGGUCGUUGAAGAUGAAAAUUUCACGAUCGAGUACCGGGUAUAUAUUCCGGCACGGGCAAUCGAGAUCGAGGGAGUAAUUACAGAACCCGAUCUCACUGAAAAAGAAAUAAUGGAAGGUUUUGGAUGUUUUAAAAACCCAAACCUUCCAAAUAUUAAAAUUCUAGAAUGCAGAAGAAUGUAUUCUAAAGAUAAUAUGAGAAACUAUUCGCCGAAUAACUCGUUUCGAGUCACUUUCGCCGGAAAAGUGCUCCCAGAUUUUCUCGAGCCAUACAAGCUUCGACUACCAGUCCGACUCUUUAUUCCAAAAGUCAUGACUUGUACAAAUUGUCUGCAGUUAGGGCAUACAAAAACCUACUGCAGUAAUAAGACCAAAUGUAACAAGUGUGGCGAAAUCUUAGAGAAUAACCACACCUGUAGCGAACAGGAAGCAAAAUGCUCCCUAUGUGGUGGCAACCCACAUGAAAUUGAAACGUGCCCAAAAUACAAGCUGCGCUCUUACGCACUUAAAAAAUCGUCAAAGCAACGCAGUAAGCAGUCUUUUGCACAGAUGCUUAAGACUGCUCUUCUGCAGGAAGAAAAUCGAUACUCAAGUUUGGAGAACGUAGAUUCAAACGAUGAUGAAGAGGAUUAUCAACCUGAAGCCGUGCGAAAACGGCCAAGCGCAUCUUCUCCUAAACUUCCUAGAAAGGAACAGAAGAAGACGCUUAAUGAUACCCCACGAGGUUCCGCUUCCAAGGAAAAUGCUAAAGCGUCACCACCUGGUUUUAAGUUUUAA